AUGGCAAAAUUAUCAACGCACAUCAUCGACAAAACCACAACAGGCUCGUCUGAUGAUAGAAAUACAGUAAUAGAAUCAAAUGUUCUUCUUGUCUGGUUUAGUUCAAUAAUUACUGAAAGAGAUGAUCAUUAUGGUUAUUUGAUAACACAUUUACAAACUAUUAUCAAUGAUAUUCAUGUGUUCGAAGAUGCUGAUCAAUGUGUGGAUUUUGUCACUGACAUUAAUCAUAAGAAAGUACUUUUGAUUAUCACUGAUGAUAUUGAUCAGUAUCUAGUCCCUCUUAUCCACGAUACACCACAGCUUGAUUCGAUCUAUCUAUUCUCUCAAAAUAAAACAAUCAAUGAACAAUGGACAAAAGAAUGGUAUAAAAUCAAAGGUAUUUUCUUUGAAUUUUCUCCAAUUAUUGAUUCAAUUAAAUUAAUCAUACUGAAAAACAAUAGAAAUUCAAUUGGCAUCAGUUUUAUUUCCGUCGAUGAUGCAUCAGAUCCUAACUUAGAUCAACUUGAUCAGUCUUUUAUGUAUACACAAUUGCUGAAAGAUAUUCUACUUGAUUCAGAAUAUGAUGAAGGGUGGAUCGAAAAUUUUGCAACCUAUUGUCGUAAUAAUAAUUCUGGUGAAUUAAAUAAUAUUAAUAGAUUCGAACGUGAAUACCGUGAUCAUUUACCAGUAUGGUGGUAUACGUCGGAUUCUUUCCUCUGUCCUAUGCUGAAUCGUGCUCUACGUACUCAAGAAGUUGAAACCAUUAUUAAAAUGGGAUUUUUUAUUCAAGAUCUUUAUCGACAAAUAGAAGAGCUUCAUUCUGACCAAUUUGCUAAUAGUCAAGCACAAUUACUUAUUGUAUACAGAGGCCAAGGAAUUUCAUCAACAGAUUUCGAAAAAUUAAAGAAAGCGAAAGGUGGAUUGAUAUCAUUCAACAAUUUCUUAUCGACAAGCGCUGAUAAAGAUGUUUCUUCUAUGUUUGCUGAAAGCAUCCUGGUCGAUCCGGAGUUGAUAGCUAUUUUAUUUGAAAUCACGGUUGAUACAUCAAUUGUGUCACCACAUUUUGCAUUCGUUGACAAUGUCAGUUACUUUCGUGAUUCUGAACGAGAAAUCUUAUUUUCAAUGCAUAGCGUUUUUCGCAUACGUGAUAUUCUUUCAAUGAGUCAUAACGAUCGAUUUUGGAAAGUAGAUAUUACACUGACAGCAGACAAUGACAAGCAACUUAGUGUUCUCACAACAAGAAUGCGAGAGGAGAUAUUUGCAGGAACUACUGGAUGGAGUCGUUUGGGUAAGUUACUUAUCAGACUAGGAGCUUUUGAUAAAGCUGAGCAAGUCUACAAGGCAGUACUUGAACAGGAAACCAAUAUACAUGAGAAAAUCAUUGUUUAUCAUCAACUUGGAAGUAUUAAAAACGAACAAGGUAACUACUCAGAAGCUAUUAAGUUCAAUAAAAAUGUUCAAGAAUUAGUGGAAAAAUCACUCCAUUCAAAACAUUCAGUCUUCGCCCACUCUCAAGCUCAUAUGGGCCUUAUGUAUGAAACCAUGGGCGAAAGCGACAAAGCAAUCGACUGUCUUCAAAAAGCGCUUGAUAUUAUCAAACAAGCACGCACUCCGGAUCUUCACAAUUUGGCCGCUUGCUACCAAAACCUUGGUUCGGUGUAUCAAGGUGUAGGUCAGCAUCAGAAAGCACUUUCAUUUUACGAAAAAGCAAUGGAUACAUUUGAAAAAAUACUACCUCCAAAUCAUCCUGAUCGGAUAGAAUGUUACAGUAAAGUUGCUUCGGUGUAUUAUCACAUGGGAGAAUAUGCAAAAGCGUUGUCAUGCCAUAUGAAAAUAUCAGAAAUUCGCGAAAAAGUUUUACCACCAAAUCAUCCAAAUUUGGCUCUAUCUCAUAGCCAUAUAAGUUUGAUAUAUAAUGCUCUAGAUGAUUACUCAAACGCACUUCUAUCUCAAGAAAAAGCAAUUAAGAUUUUAAAAGCAACAUUUGAUGAAAAUCAUCCUGAUUUUGCCACUUUGUACAAUAACACUGCUUAUAUAUACUUCGGCAUGGGCGAGUAUUCAAAAGCGCUUUCAUUUCACAAGAAAACACUUGAAAUACGACAACAUAUCCUCCCUCAAGACCAUCCUUAUUUCGCUUCGUCCUACAAUAGUAUCGGUUCAAUCUUUCAGAAACAAGGAGACUAUUCGAAUGCAUUAACAUAUUUCGAAAAAGCACUUGAUAUCUGUGAGAGAACACUUUCACUCAAUCAUCCAGUUCUGUCUUACUGCUACAAUAACAUGGGUUCGUUAUACAAUGACAAAGGUGAAUAUGCAAAAGCACUUGUAUUUUACCAAAAAACCGUUGAAAUCUUGGAAAAAAUUAUGCCACCAAAUCAUCCUUAUUUGGCUACUGCUUAUAGUAGUAUUGGACUCGUAUAUUCGAAUACAGGCGAGUAUUCAAAAGCACUUCCGCUAUUCGAGAAAACACUGGAAAUGCGCCAAAAAUCAUUCACAGAAAAUCAUCCUUCUAUUGCAUCUUCAUACAAUAAUAUUGCUGCAAUGUACCACAAAAUGGGUGAGUCCUCAAAAACACUUUCUCUUUUAGAAAAAUCACUGGAUAUUCGCAAGAACACGCUUCCUUUUAACCAUCCAGAUUUGAUACAUUCCUACAAUAAUUUGGGUUCAUUCUACACUGAUAGCGGUGACCACUCGAAAGCAUUACUUUUCCACCGGAAUGCAAUUGAUAUUCUCGAAAGUAAUUCUUUCACAUAUCAUCCAGAUCUAGCUCUUUCAUAUCGUAACAUCGCCAUAACAUACAAUAAAAUGGGUGAAUAUUCCACUGCACUCUCUUUUCAUGAAAAAGCAAUUGAGAUUUUAAAGAAAACUCUCUCAGAAGAUCAUCCUGAAUUUGCUGAGUCAUACAAUCAAAUUGGAUCUGUAUAUCACAAUCUAGAUGAGUCUGAAAAAGCUCUUUCAUUUUUGGUGAAAGCACUUGAAAUACGACAAAAGAUCUGCUCACCAAAUCAUCCUAAUUUGGCACAGUCGUUUCACAACAUCGGUGUCGAAUACGAUCGCAUGGGCGACCACUGGAAAGCACUCCCGUUUCUACAAAAAGCCAUUGACAUUCGUGAAAAAAUUCUUCCUCCACAUCAUCCCUAUUUGGCUACUUCUUAUACUAGUAUUGGUUCGGUAUACAAUCAAAUGGGUGAUUACCCGCAAGCCUUAUCUUUUCACGAAAAAGCAUUGGAGAUUUUCAAGAAAACAUUUGAUUUGAAUCAUUCUAAUUUGACCAAUGCAUAUAACAAAAUGGGUUUAUUAUAUCAAAAUAUGGGAGAGUAUUUCAAAGCACUACACUGUUUUGAAAAGGAGCUUGGCAUACACGAAAAAAUGUUACCUUCAGGUGUUCUUAUCUUAGCUCAAUGUUAUCAUAACAUCGGUUCGGUGUACAAUGAAAUUAAGGAAUAUGAAAAAGCACUCGUGUUUUUUGAUAAAACACUGGAAAUUAAAGAACAAUUACUCUCUGAAGAUCAUCCUAUAUUAGCUGAGACAUAUAACAAUUUAGGUUUGCUUUAUUCCAACAUCAAUCAAUCUUCAAAAGCACUUUAUUUUUAUGAAAAAGCCGUUCUAGGCCUCGAAAAAGCACUUCCACCAUCUAAUAAACUUCUAGCGACGCCAAUAUUGUUAUAA